GUGUGCAUGUGAGAGAGAUAGAGAGAGAGAGAGAGGGAGAGAAUAUGAUUGGUUUAGGAGGUUUUAUGAAGGUUGUAUCAAAGCAUCAAGACCUAUAAAUUAGAGAUUAAGACAACGAAGUAACGAUAAAGACAAUUCAUGUGAUUCCACCUUCAAUUCUACUCUCUCAGGUAGAUUUUAUAGAUGAGUGCAUUGUAAUCUUGCAUACCUAGCUGAAUGAAAAAGGGGAAAGUAGAAAAGUUCUGAUAUAAAGCCAGGAGGAAAUCAUAUGAAAAUCCAGCCUCUAUUUCAAGAAUAUCUGCAGGAUUACUGGAGCCAGUUUUUGCUCCUAGAGGCUGUCUGCAUUGCCCUUCAUGCUUUCUGUGUGAUCCACUCAAGGAAGGACAGGUCAAGUCCCACUCAAAUUUCCAAUCUCACUGACUUCCCCUUUGUAUCCGUCUCACCGACAGACUUUCUCUUCUGCUUUUACAGACUGGGUCUCAUUAUGUCACUGAAUUGCCCAUGCUGGACUGGAACUUGUGAUUCUCCUGCUUCAGCUUCCCAGAGUAGUGGGAUUACAGGUCCCACAGGUAUGGAUCUUUGGCAGUUGCUAUUGACCUUGGCACUGGCAGGUGCAAGCAAUGCUUUUGCUGGGAGAGAGGCCACAACAGCUACUUCUGACAGUGCACCCCCAAGUCUGCAAAGAGUUAAUGCAAGCCUGGAAACAAAUUCUUCUGGGAACCCUAAGAUCACCAGGUGCCGUUCACCUGAACUAGAGACAUUUUCAUGCUACUGGACAGAUGGGGGUCAUCAUGAUUUAAAGAUGCCAGGAUUCAUACAGCUGUUCUAUGUUAAAAGGAGCAUUCAAGAACAGAACCUAGAAUGGAAAGAAUGCCCUGAUUAUGUCUCUGCCGGAGAAAAUAGCUGUUACUUUAACUCAUCAUAUACCUCCAUUUGGAAACCCUACUGUGUCAAGCUAACUAGUAAUGGUGGUACAGUGGAUAAAAAAUGUUUCUCUGUUGAUGAAAUAGUGCAACCUGAUCCACCCAUUGGCCUCAACUGGACUUUACUGAACACCAGUGUAACGGCGAUUUAUGGGGAUAUCCAAGUGAGAUGGGAACCACCAGCCAGUACAGAUGUUGAUAAGGGAUGGAUAAUGCUGGAAUAUGAACUUCAAUUUAAACAAACAAAUGAAACUCAAUGGAAAAUGAUGGACCCUGUAAUAUCAACAUCAGUUCCACUGUACUCAUUGAAAAUGGAUAAAGAAUAUGAAGUUCGUGUAAGAUGCAGACAAAAACACUCUGAAAAAUAUGGCGAGUUCAGUGAAGUGCUCUACAUAACACUUCCUCAGUUGAGCUCAUUUACGUGUGAAGAAGAAUUCCAGUUUCCAUGGUUCUUAAUUAUGAUCUUUGGAAUAUUUGGACUAAUGGUGAUGCUACUUGUGGUCAUAUUUUCUAAACAGCAAAGGAUUAAGAUGCUGAUUUUGCCCCCAGUUCCAGUUCCAAAGAUUAAAGGAGUUGAUCCAGAUCUCCUCAAGGAAGGAAAAUUAGAGGAGGUGAACACAAUCUUAGCCAUUCAUGAUAACUCUAAACCUCAGUUCUACAACGAUGACUCUUGGGUUGAAUUUAUUGAGCUAGAUUUUGAUGACCCUGAUGAAAAGACUGAAGGUUCAGACACAGACAGACUUCUCAGCAGUGACCAUCAAAAAUCACUUAAUAUCCUUGGAGCAAAGGAUGAUGACUCUGGACGUACUAGCUGCUAUGAACCUGAUAUUCUGGAGACUGAUUUCAAUGCCAGUGAUGUGUGUGUUGGCACCUCUGAGGUUGUUCGGCCAGACAAGCUAAAAGGGGAAGCUGAUUUCUUGUGCCUUGAUGAGAAGAAUCAAAAUAAUUCACCUUAUGAUGCUUCUCCUGACCCUCAGCAGGCCAGUGUUAUUCCAACAGAGGAAGACAAACCACAACUACUUCUUAUUGGUAAAACUGAGUCAACUAACCAAGAUGCCCCUUCUCAGAUAAGCAAUCCUAGUUCACUGGCAAACAUGGACUUUUAUGCCCAGGUAAGCGACAUUACACCAGCAGGAAGUGUAGUCCUUUCCCCAGGCCAAAAGAAUAAGGCAGGAAUGUCCCACUGUGAUACACAUCCUGAGGCAAACUUCAUCAAAGAUAAUGCCAACUUCUUCAAGGGAGAUGCCAAAAAGUGCGUUGUCAUGACCCCUCACAUCGAGGUCAAGUCACAUGUAGAACCAAGCUUUAACCAGGAGGAUACUUACAUCACCACAGAAAGCCUUACCACUGCUGCUGAGAAGUCUGGGGAUGCAGAACAGCCUCCAAGCUCUGAAAUGGCUCUCCCAGAUUAUACCUCCAUUCAUAUAGUGCAGUCUCCACAGGGCCUCAUACUCAACGCGGCUGCAUUGUCCUUGCCUUUGCCUGACAAAGAAUUUCUCUCAUCGUGUGGCUAUGUGAGCACAGACCAACUGAACAAAAUCAUGCCGUAGCCCUUCUUCGGUUUCCCAGAAGUGACAUAUUUCAUCAUAAAAAUUGGCUAGGGCAUGAAUGCUUAAACCAAAACAUGUUUUCUUGGGAGAGUGUGAGGGUGGGUAUAGAUUCUAAAUGCCUUUUCCUGAAAUGUUGAAACAUGAUAUUAAAAUGAAAAAAUAAGAAUGCUUAAUCAGAUAUAUAUUCCUUGUGAAUUGUAAAUAUUUUAAAUUGCCUCAAAGUCUGUUUAGUGGCAGUAAUUGUCUUAUUAUGGUGGUGUUAAUUUUGUGAUACUGAGCGUUGAAUGGCUACACCUUUAAUGUACAGUAAAUCAAGCGUUUUGAAAAAGCAAAAUAAAGUCAGGUUGCUUUUGCAGUUCAGGAAAUUGAAUGCAAGUCAUAGCACAGGCUAAUUUUUUUUUCUUUUAAUUAACUGGGAAGUAAAACUUUAGGUAAGAAGGCAAAAAUAGUUUGGAUAUAUAAAACAUUUAUUUUGACAUAAAAUUGAUAAAGAUAUUUUUAAUAAUUUAGACUUCAAGCAUGGCUAUUUUAUAAUACACUACACACUGUGUACUGUAGUUCAAGAUGACCUAUCCAAAAAAAAAAAAAAAUGUAGUGACUACAGUGUAACAUUGGUUUAAUGCUGUGUUCAGUGUACCUAAAAAAAAAAAAAGCAAACAAAUUAGUUUUUUUACAAGGUCCUUUUUAUAUCUCCCAAAACUUAAAUAAUCCUAAAAAUCUAGUAACCUGCAUUAUUGGGACACAGUCACUGUAUCUGAAUUUUUAGACAAAUAUUUUUUAAUUUAGAAAACGUUAUUAAAAUGUUUACACUGCAUAAACCAAAAAUACAGGGGGGAAACUCCCUUUCUACAGCGAAUUUCAGUUCAAGUCCCAGAGCUACACGCUAAGAGAAGUAGAGGGUAGGAUGGCUCCAAGGGGAGGCUGGGAGCCCGGAGAACUGUGGUGCACAGGGAGGGGCUGGGGAAGCACGCAGAUCACGUGAAAGAAGCUCCACCACUUCCGCGGUAGCGUCUCUUCAAACACAGCUCGGUUUUAUAUCAUAGUUAGCUAAGAAGAGAAGAAAGGACAAGAAUCAUUUUGUACAUCGAAGCAGACUGAAUGAAGUUAACUGGGUAUGGAACAGAAAGCUCAAAAAACAGGUCUCUGUUUCACAGCCUGUAACCAGACACAUACUUGUUACUCAUGGUAAUGGGACAGAAGAAGCAUGGUUUUCUAGCCCAAACGAUAACUCAAAAGUAAUUAGAUCAACAGCAGAAACUUUUUCAUUAAACCUUUUAUAGGACUUAUUUCAAAAAGAAAAAUAAGAACUUUCAUUAUUUUUUAUUUCCUCUCAAAAGGACUAGACUCGAACCAAGUAGAAAUAAAAGUAAAUUAAAAAACACAACAAAGCUCUAAGUAGUAUAUUAAUUAUUUUUUCAAUUCCUUCAUAACCUCAACAUCAUUCAUUAGUAUAGCUCCCUAAAAGGUUUAUGAGUGAAUAAUUUCAUCUUACUGAAGAAUGUCUCAUUUUCAGUAUUUUUAAAAAAUUUAAAAAUUUAAAGUUAGUUUUAAGAUAAAUAGUAUUUCACAUUUAGCUCAGACCUUUGGAAGAAGCAAGCUUAGUGAUUGGUAAUUUUAAUUCCCUCUUUCUUGCAGAAACAACAGUGAAAUUCUAGAAUUGGGUGUUUAAAGUUCAACAUGUGACUUUGUAAUCAUUUAAUUGAUUGUCUGCUACCUUGCUGCUAUGGUUUUCUCCAGGAGGUACAUCAUUUAGUUUCACAUAAAAUAUCAUUAGUGUAGAACCUAAUUCAAUUUAAAGCUGUGUGUUUGAAAGAACUAUCUUAUUUCACAAUAGGCUGAUCACAUUUCUAUAGCCAAAAAAUAGUUAAAUACCUCAAUGAGUUUCAGAAUGUCAUUUUGGUACUUUGCUGGCCACACAAGCCAUUAUUCCUUAGUAUGACUAGUUGUGUCCUGCAAUCUAUAUUUAACUUUCCUUAUGUCUGUGGAUGUAUUCCUUCAAAGUUUAAUAAAUUUAUUUUCUUGGA